AUGACCGAACAAGGCCCCCAACUCGCGUCUGUCGGGGAGAAACUCCUUCCGGCGAAAUGUAAACCCAGCACUUUGGCAUUCUGUCCUACAAUGGACCUUAUCGCGCUAGCGACCGAGGAUGAAGAGCUCCGUGUAUUCCGACUCAAUGGGCAGCGAGUAUUCGGGGGUUCCUUUGGGGGUGAUCCCUACCUAGGAGACGAUGAAGAAGACGGUGAGGUGAGGGCGGUGGCAUGGAAAGAGAAUGGUCGUUUGCUUGCUGUCGCAUGUGGUGAUGGCUCUGUACGCAUAAUGAGCGCGUAUAGCGGGAAGACAGUCCACCAUUAUCCAGUGUAUCAGAGUCCAGGCGAGGACGCCUCCAGUGCAGAGAAAGAGAAUAGUACCCCAAAAGUCAUGUGUCUAGGCUGGGGUGUUAACUUUACAGAUAGAAAAGCGAUGCAGAAACAUCUACAGGGUUCUGCAGGUCGGCUGUCUGUUGAUGAUCUCCUCGCCCCGGGUGUGCAUCCCUCCAAAGCGGCAUCUGUGCUAAAGGCCGAUCUACCUCGCGAAUUGGCUUCGAUAGAUAUUGAAAGCUCGCUGCCAAAAUUGAGUGUCCUCCCCGCGACAGGCGCUGAAGAUGACCUGUUUAGCUCACGACCAUCGAUCGAUGCUAUCUUUCACUCCUCGGUAAAAGACACGGGCGACUCCGUUGAUGUGCUCUUUGUUGGAUUUGAUGAUGGGUCUGUUCAUCUACGGAUAUUCGAUUGUUUCGAGAUUGGCUCUUUUCCAAUUGGUGAUACCACUGGAGUUGCUAACUCGCGUCGGAUUCUUCAUCAUACAUCUCAUCCUGUCAGCUCGACUCAUGCUUUGAUAUCGACGCCAGCACCAUCACAAUCGGGAUCAUCGCCAACUCCUACUCCUCUUAGUCUUGUCACCCUCGAUCUCCGCUUCAUCACUAAAUCUGGACGAUACUUGUCUCUCCUUGCAUCGAAAACAACACAGCUACAGAACUUACUCCGGUAUAUUAGUGCUACCCAGCGGCAGAUUGAGUUGGAAUGGAAGAACGCACAAGAGCUUCCAGCGCGCUUUUUACGCAGUGUUACCGAGGAUCUUAAAGAGAAAUGCGAGUGCGACUUUGUUACGGCAAUGUACCAUUUCGUGGUUACUGGACACUGCUUUGAGCCGAUGAGGGAGUUUUUGGUGGAUAUCAUAGGAGAGCGGGGACAUAAAAGGUGGGAGAAAGCUGUCGCCGGAGGAUACGAGAAUAUCCGGCGACUAACACACGAAUGCCUCCUCCCAGCGCUAGAACGAAGCCAAAUUUUAUUGGGUCGGCUGGUAGGAUUAUCAAAAUUUUCCAAACUGAGCGACGUGCUCGGCCUGGAUACAACGAAGCUCAACGCUAUCGUUGAGACAUUGGAUUGUCUGCAUCUGCUAGGACAUUGCAUCAUGAUCAAUGCAAAUCAAGAACUGGAUCAGUUCAAUGCCUUUUCAAGAUAUCUCAAGCAUGAGAUCCUCAUUCUGACUGCAGAACCUUUGUCGCAAACAUCAGAAGAACUCCUCGAGAAGCGAGAACUCCUCGACGUGCCACCUACAGUGAAGUACCUCACGGGCGCACUCCAAAAAAGUGUUCUUCGCAAUUUCAUCCGCCAACUUCCUAUGAUGGGCGUGCCCAUUCCUCCCACACCUAUCACUGAUAAAUGGCUCCCAGAUGGCCAUGAUCGGUCAUUUUAUGAUGGGUUUAAAGCAUUGCUGGCGCAGCAGCGUCAGGUUCAAGCGGAGGGAGGCGACAGUUCAACCGUUGAUGCACCCAAGAUGAACGAUCUGACGAAACGACUUGGGCUCCAAUUCGAUAAAAUCUUUGCGGAGAUUGCACUCACACAGCGAAGGGGGAUCCUCCAUCGAUCACCACUUACGCUUCAUGCGGAUUGCGAUGAGAAUUUUCUGGAUUUGAAGAUUAGCUACGAGGACGGCGAGGAGGGACAGCCAUGUUCUAUCUACGUUGCAACUCGGUCUUUAUUUUCGAAGUGUCUAGUCUACAUCUAUCGCAUUGUCUUGGACUCGGUAAAUGGCGUCAGUUCCACUCGGAGCACCUCGAUAGCUGCGCUGAAUCUCUCCGAGGGAGAAGUGAAGCAAGUUCAGUUUGUCCACGAUGAUACACUUAUGAUUCUCUGGUCAAACCGCCAUACGCCCGCUCGUCUCUUGAACCUCCCAUUCCAGCCCGCAUCUGCCUUAUCGAAUAAGAUGGAGGAGGUAUCAGCCAUCCUCAAAUAUGUGGAGUGUGAUGCACACCCAUCCGAAUCAAAACCCAGUGUCCCAACUACAGAUCUCGACAUGUCAGACACAUCUACAAUAUCCGAAUCGGGUAUCCUUCGCCAUGUGUUUACAACAUCUGGCUUGAAGUCAAAGCCGCUACGGAUGGAUGUUAAUGGACGAAAGGCUCGCAGGGCAGUUUGUGUGCUGUAUGGGGAUGCGAUGCGGUUUGAUGUUUUGGAUAUGGAUGGAGAGACAGAUGAGGAAAGUGAGAAUGAAAGUGAGGGUGAGGAUGAGGAUGAGGAUGAGGGUCAGGAUGAGAACUGA